GUUUCGUGUUGCCAGACCUCCCUGAACAGUUUGGGCCCCCGGACACAGCCCCGCCCCUCCUCAGCAGACUGAUGGAGGCCAUCGAGGCCAAAGGUCUGGACAGUCCCGGUGUGUAUCGUAGUCCCAGUUCAGGAGCUCUGGACGUCCGGCAGCUCGCCGACGCUGACCUGGAGCAGCUGGACGUGUCGUCCCUGUGUGAAGGCGUGUUCCGGUUCCUGCAGGACCUGCCCGGUCCCGUCCUCCCGUCCUCGCUGCAGGCCGACAUGAUUCACGCCGUUCAAGAGGUCCGAGACCUGGAGGACUGCGCCCAGGUGCUGCGGGGCGUGGCCAGCUCGCCGGCCUGCCCGGCCCAGUACGGCCUGACGCUGCUCAGCGUGGUCCGCCACCUGGCCCGGCUGUGUCUGCACGGCGCCAGGAACCAGCUGAGCCCCCGAAACCUGGCGGAGAGCUUCAGCCCGCUGCUGUUCAGACAGGCCGCAGGGUGA